AAUCUUUAUCAGGCAACACGCAGGUGGUAGGUGCACCAAAUUUAGUUAGCACGAAUGCCCAAAGAAUAUAAAUAAUGAACUGCGUAAAAUUGCGUGCCCUUUUUAGUAGGUAGCUAUAAGUCUUACCUGUAUAAGAUUAAUCUAUUAAUAAUACUAACCUAGUUACUUAAUUGAAGAUACAUUAUAUGUCUAAUUUCAAUUUACGUUUAACCAUUUUUACUACCAGUUUCAUUCUAUAAUGGCUCGGUGGUGGGUAGUAACUAGUAACUAUAACUAUAAUGGAAAAGGAAAAAGCAAAUGUUACUUCAAUAUUUUAUGAAGUCGCACUAUGCGCAUGUAUUUAAGUGUUCAGUUGUCAUGUCGGUUACAUUGAAAGUAAUCAUUUUUAUAAGGGAUGAAAGCCUUCCACGUGGUACGUUUUGUAUAUUUCAUUUCCUCAAGCGUUCUUAUUCGUAUAUUUCUUUAUGCAGAAAUCGAAUAACAAUCUCAAGCAUGCGCUUGAUCAUUUACAUUUCAAAUUAGUUUAAAACUGGAGGUACAUUAGUGUUUUAUUGAUUAUGCAUACGGAAGGAAAUGCGGUAUAUAUGUUUAUAGUUAUUUUUUAUUUUUAUAUAACAACCACCCUACUUGCAUGUCGUCCAGUCGCAUAGGCGACAUUGUACGUUUCAGGCCAAUGUUAUAGUAAUUCCGGCAGUGUUACUAUAAGCGCGAAAAUAUUUUUGAUGACAAUUUUUUGUACGUUAUAAAGUUACUAUGGAAUCAUUUAACGACGAUAAAAGAGUAGUAGUGGCGAAUUAUACAAAGUUGUCGGAAAAUAUAAGGCGUUUAACACCGCAAGGUAUACAGUGCAGUGUUUUCUGUGGAGGUACGAAUUGUAAAUAUGAAAAUCCAGAAAAUUGGACUGCGGACAGUUUGGCAAUUCAUGGAAUAUAUUCUCAUUGGAUAACGGAUGACAUCUUGGCUAUGGCACGUCCAAGUACAGCAGUGAUAAUUAAAAAAAAUAUUAUUGAACAGUUUCAAAGUUUAGGCAUCAAGUCCAUAAUCAAUUUACAAAGUGCUAAAGAACACGCAAGUUGUGGCGAACCAUUAGAGGAUUCAGGUUUUUCAUAUGACCCAAACAUAUUUAUGGAAAACGACAUUUACUACUACAAUUUUGCAUGGAAGGACUAUGGUGAUGCAUCUUUGUCAGAGUUACUGAACCCAAUUAAAGUGCUAGCGUUCGCAGUCACAGAAGGACGCGUCGCCAUUCACUGCCACGCAGGUUUGGGACGGACGGGAGUUUUAAUAGCAUGUUAUCUGGUAUACUCUUUAAGAGUGAGCGCAAAUGACUCUAUUAAAUUUGUAAGAUUAAAAAGACCAGGAUCGGUGCAAACAAGAGGGCAAAUCAAUUGCGUUCGACAUUUUGCACAGUUUAUUCUUCCUCAAAAUAUAACGUACUAUCUUAAGUAUUCCAAAGGGAAGUAUAUGGUGCCGUAUACCCUUAAAAAGUUUUUGAGAAGACAAAGGAUAGUACUGCAUGGAUAUGACGAACGUAAUUUUAAAUACAUACCUAAGAUUGUUCAUGUAAUUUGCGAGAGAAUGUUGGAGUUAUGUGGCUGUCAAACUGAUGAAUUUUCUUCAAAUGCACUCUCGAUAACACAAAACUUCCUUUGUAUAAAGGUACAUGGUGGUACCCAGCAACAAGAGUCCUUUUCCCGUGUAUCCAGCGUUGACGACAUUCUUUCGACUGACGAUCUGCCAAAGCUUCCGACAUGCAACAGUUCUUACACAUGCAACGCAACUUCUCCAAGUCCUAGUCCGUCGGAAUGUGACGAAAACACAGAUGCAUCUGUAAAGUUUAGUGAUUCGUACUCAGAUCUAAGUACUUUGGAUGGAGAAGAAUUGAAGGAAGACGUAAAGGAUUUAUUGCUGAACGAAAAUAAAUGUUUUCAAGAACUAGUCACCAAUAAGCAAAAAGAGGAUACUGAUUCUCUCCGAGAAAUAUAUGAUCGAAGUGAAGUCAUCUCAUCCCUUCUAAUUCCCUUUGACAAUGCCGACUCAAAAUUCGCACAAACAAUUUUGGAAUACGAAAAUACCAUAAAUGCAUCUCAAUUUGGAUGGAAACUUUUAAAAAAUGAAACCAAUAUUGCUAUGUUGGCAAGUUUACUUUACGACUGGUUAGAAACCUUAAGAAGUCCAGUGUUGGGAACAGACGAUUUAGAAGUAAUUGUAAUUAAUUACAAAUUAACGGAGCAGUGUUUAGCAAAGUUUGAUUUGGAAGAAGCGUGUUUAAUCGAAUAUUUGAUUAACUUUAUUGCCAAGCUCGGGCCGAUGUCAGAUAAAGAUGAGGAAAACGUACUCUUGAGAAUGUUAGCUGCGUUAACUCAGCAAACUGUCGUUAUAGAAAAUGAAACGUUACCGAUGGGUAGAGACUUUCGAAGAUUUCGUGAAGGAACUCUAACCUGUGCGAGGCAUUUCUUUAAGGCUCUUCUUCCAUUAACAACUGAACAUCAUCAAAAAUUUGCAAAAGCAAGAAUUGGCGGUACCAGUGCACAUAGUAGUGCAGAAUCUGACAAUCAAAAUAUGUGAAUGUGGCUUCCUUUUCAUAAGAUUCCAAAGUCAAUUGUAAAAAAUAGUUCAUAUUUUGUUACAGUAUUUGCAAAUAAAUGAUAAAAGUGUU